AUGUUGUUCCUCUGCUUUUUCAUAAUUUUAUGGGUUGGGAACGAAGCGAAGGUGUUUCGAUACACGAUUCAAGCCCCCGGGUUCAGCUCCACUGAGGUACGUGGGUUUGAAAAUGGCGUUUUAUUUUGUAAUGUCAGGUAGGAACAAUAGCGUUGAGUUAAGUAUUGUACGUCAGAGUAGAGCACUGAGAAGGUAAGGAAACGUAGAAUAAGCCAAGGAAAAGUAUAUAGCGAAAAAUAGUCUAAGUAAGAGUAAGGUAGGGAAAAAUAGUGGUGGGUAGAGUAGUGUGUGGCAGUGAUGUUAUAAUUGUAGCAUUUCAGGAUGAUGAAUAUAUUUCUAUGACUGUAAAGCCACCUCCAGGAUAUAUAAGUAAGUAUACACCAAUAUCAUCUGUCUCACUUUCAUUCUUUAAUGCAGAUUUAGCUCUAUCCUGAGUCCUAGCUUCAGCCCCAGCUUCUGUCUUAGCCUUAGUCCCAUUCCUAGCUUCAGCCUCAGUCCUAGCCUUGGUCUUUGCCUCAAUCUCCAUCCUAGCCUCAUGCUUAGCCUCAGUCCUAGCUUCAGCCCUAGCUUUGGUCCGAGCCUCAGUCUUAGCUUCAGCCUCGUCCGUUGGCUUUAGCCCUAGCUUUAGCCAGCGGCUUAUGUUUAUAAACUAAAAAAUUAGUAAACCACAGUAAACUUUUAUCGAGUAAUGUAUAAAUACAAUCUUCAUAGAACAAUUUACCACAACGUAUUUUACCUUGCAGUAGGCUACGAACCGAACGCCACUUCAGAACAUAUUCAUCAUUUGAUGUUGGCUGGCUGCAGUGAGCCUUACCACAAAUCGUUAGGCUUAAACCAUAGUGGUGACACUUGUGAUGGUCGAGAUUGGUAUAUGUACUCAUGGGCCAAGAAUGCUGGAGACAUAAGUCUGCCGAAGAACGUAUCGUACAAGAUAGGGCAUCAGAAGGACAGUGUACAGUACUUGGUGUUGAUUUAUCAUUAUGCCAAUAAGGCUGUGGAUGGGUACAAGGAUUACUCUGGUAGGAAGUGUAGUUUGGUUUUAGUAUUAUAUGGUUGAGGUGCUGCAACACAACAGCAUGCUAGUAUUGUACAAAAGUAUCAAUUUAAUAGAAUACAACAGUGCAUGUAGUAGUAAAAUAUCAAGGUGUUGUACAGUAGCUAUCACCAUUACUUUCAUCAAUAAAUAUUUUACAUUUUUUAGGCUUAACGUUAGUAAUGAGUGAUGAACCCACUAAAUACAGUGCAGUAGAGUACUUGUUUGUCGCUGGUACCCCAUUACCACCUGGUGAAAAGUUGUACAAGGCAAAUGUUAGUUGUACGUAUAAAAGUAAGUACAUCAUUAUUAUACCCUAGUUUUUUAACCUAUCCUACCCUUUCUUAAUUCCUUACUCUCUCUUUGCCUGUCCUCGCCUUUCUUAAUCUACCCUAGCUUUUCUUAACUUUGAUUACUAUACCGAACCUAUUUUUCCAUAAUUUAAUUUUAAAAAAUAUUGAAAUUUCGAUAAAAAACAUAAUUCUAUGAACUUUUUGACUAAAAAGAAAACUCAAAAUUCGAGAAAGUUCAAAUUUUAGUUAUAAAAGUAAAAAAUAAAUUUUAAGGCAAAACCAAAGCCACUCCCUUCUUCUACCGAGUCCAUACUCAUGACCAUGGUCUUGUCGUGUCUUCGUAUAUCUUCAACUAUGAAACGGGAUUUCAUUUGGUAGGAAAAAGACAUCCCUUAUGGCCUCAGGUUAGUUAAUAUAUUUAGCAAAUUUUUUUAAAAUUUGUUUUUGAUUCAAAAUUAAAAAAGGCGUAUUUUGAAAAACUGAAACACAAUUUUUUAAUAUUAAAAUACUUUAAAAUAAGAAAAAAAAUUAUUAUGAAAGAAUUUAAUACCCCUUUUGGCGAUUUUUAGAGCUUUGAAAAGGUAGAAAACCCUGUAGCAGUACAAGAAAAUGACAUCCUGGCUGCUCAAUGCAUCUACAACACUGAAAAUGAAACUGAUGACAUUCCGAUGGGGUAAACGUUUUCUUUUAUAUAGCUUAAUACCCUUCCCUACCUUUCCCUGCCCUAUUCUAACCUGCUUUACCCUACCCUACUCUGCUUUUCCCUACCCUACUCUGCCCUAAUUUUCUCUACCCUACCCUACAGCACGCCUUCUUUCAGUAUCUUUAAUCAUUUUUAUAAUCGCGCGCCAUUCUUUUGCAUCAAAAUUUCUUUCAAUCUCAAAGACUUUACAAACCCUUUAUAGCAUGACCAAUCACCAUGAAAUGUGCAACUACCAGAUCAUGUUUUACUACGAUUCCAACGAAGAAAAUCCAUUUGAAGACUCGAGUAUGUGUUAUGAUUCUGCACUGGAAGAACAACAAUUCGAAUACCCAAAUGUCGACCUUUUGCCUCAUAAUCAAACGCUCUUGGACAUGGCCAAACAUAGUGAGCAUAAUAAGCACAAAGGUGUCAAAGCUCAUAGUGAACAUGGCCAUGCAGUGGCUUAUCAUGGAUAA